CUUUCGUUUUGAGCAACUCGGGAUUGUCAGGUGUUAUGGAACAUCUUGAAGGGGGUGGGUGGUUACUUGGGGAUUCUGGCUACCCUCUCAAGGAAUGGCUCUUAACGCCAUUCUUAUCCCCAGCCAAUCAACACGAAGUGAAUUACAACGAUGCCCAUGGAAAGACUCGUGUUGUCAUAGAAAAAUCGUUUGGGGUAUUAAAAUCCAGAUUUAGGUGUUUACAUCGAACUGGAGGAGUACUCCCCUUUUCACCAAGUAGAUGUUCUCAAAUUAUUCAAUGCUGUAUCCGGCUUCAUAAUUUAGCUGUUUCAGAGAAAGUCCCCUUACUUGAGGGUGGGGUUGUACAGAACAUCAAUGACAAUGCCGUGUUUAACGCAAACGCACCAAGGAGAGCACAGGAUGUGCGCAUUCAAGUUGCAAAUUUAUUUUAA